AGUCAAAUGUUGCCAUUGUGAACAGGCACAGUGGAUCGAAAGAGUUUAUUUAAUUAAGAAGAACAUUUAUUCGGACAUGGGGGACACGCUGAAAAAAGGUGCGGUCAGCCUCAAGUUCCCCGCAAAACACAGGAAACUUGGAAGUAAGGCAUGGAAACAAAAAUGGAUCGAGCUGAAAAGCCCGGAGAAGCCGGACGAAGACCCCAGAAUCAUGACAUACGACUGCUAUCCUUUCCAUCUCAGCGGUUCAAAGGCUGAGCCAAAAUGCAUCGCACUCAAAAAUAUCAGUGGAAUAAGAUUAACACGCUCAAGGAAGCAAGAGUAUGUUUGCGUGAUCGAUCAAGCGGACAAAGCCAAUGCUUCCGCAAUCAAUCUCCCGGAAGGACAGCGGGCAAGCAAAACCUCCUUACACAGGAUAAGUGGAUCUAGUACGAUUAUGCGCCAGUUCAAAGCCAAUAGCUGGUCGCAAGACUUCACCAAUCAGGAUGAAACUCAUUCUGAACCUUUCUUGUACGUGUCAACGUGGAAUUUCACAGAGCUGCAUUCUUGGAUGACAGAGAUACGGAACGCCAUUUGGCCACCGAAUGCUUUACACGGUGUCUCGGAUGGCUUUGAAGUCUCUCUCAUGGACAUGAUGGGCUCGUGGCAGCUUUCAGACUCGCUUAGGGACAAGUACGGACUUUUAAUAGUGGAAGGAGUCACCAUGACACUCUUCGACCCAUUUACCGGGAAAAGCCAUUUCAGCUGGAAUGUCCUCACUUUUUCCUGCUUCGAUUUGCCUCAAACCACUUGGGAACUGGACAAAAAUCACAUAAUCCGCGGAUUCACUACCAAAUUCCAUCCCCUCGGGGAAGCCGAAGUCUGGAUGUUCUGCAAGGAAGCAGAAAGCCUGUAUUCCCGCCUCGAGCGGAUCCUGUUCGAGGAGAGACGUCUCAGCAAAGAACCUCGCUGCACCAUGACCCCGAUGAUGAGAACUUCCAAGAGGACAGAGGAAGAGACAACGGAGCAGAAAACGCGGACACGUACGGUGGCAUUUUCUUCGACUUCAAAGGAUCAUCCCCCGAGGAGACAUGAAAAGCUUCGACAUCGCGACUCCGGCUUCGUCGCCGUCACAGCAUCAACGGAGUCGCUGAAAACUCACGGGGUGCAUGAUUUCCCGAGGGGUUCAAAGUGUCCUUGCAAAAUUACGAGAUUUAUGCAAGACGAAAGCUGCAUGGCGUAA